ACGAGCGCGAGAAUCCGUCAGGAAUCAAUACAGAAAACACGCUGCCAUUUUCUUUUCUUCUUCCCUUUUGCUUUCAACUCCCAAUUUCUAGGGCAAAAUCUAUGAUUCAAGACCGCCUCGAUAAUCUCUAAGAAAAUUGUUUGACUGCCAUUUUCUAUUGCUCCCUUCCACUUCCCAUCCCUCACAUAAAAUAGUAUUUUUUUCUUCUGUUAAUAUGUACUACUACAUAAAUACCUCUGUUUCUACGGAUCCUGCCCAGUUGAUCACAUUUUGUUUUUUGGCUGUGUCGAAUCUUUUAUUUGUUCGAGUAAAUAAAUCUGUGGGAUGAGCUGGGAGAUCCUUCUACACAUAAUUGAGAUCUGAUUGUUGAUGUUUCGUACUAAAAUUUAAAUCUUGGCUCACGGAUGAGAGAGCUGUCUUGUUCAUCUGUUCCAUUUAGUUGAGACAUAUGUUUGGAAAUUCAAGUGGAAAGAAAGCGAUGAAAUGGGUAUCAUUGCUUAAAGACUUCAAGGAAAAAGUUGGUCUUUCCCCGCCUCCGCCGUCGGCCCCAACAACCCCGUCUCCGCCGCCCCCGAGAGAUAGAAUCAGCACCAAUGCUAACGAUUUGUCGCCGACCACCCCAGACUUUUCGUCAUUGCCUUCAAGAGACAAAGAUGAACUGGAAUUGGAUUUCAAGAGAUGCUGGGAAGAGUUCCGUUCCUCCAAUUCUGAAAAGGAGAAGGAGAGGGCCUUGACUUGGACUGUAGAAUUUUUUUGUAGAUUAGAGAGAGAACACAAAAAUGUCGCCCAUUUAUUUUCCAUAUUGGUAGAGACACACAUUUUUUCGUUUGUUGUGGGAAGGGCUUUUGUUACUGAUAUAGACAAGCUGAAGCUUAGCAGUAAAACAAGAGCUUUGGAAGCUGAGAAAGUUUUAUUAUAUCUCUCAGAAAUUACGAAGGAUGGCAUUGCACCUGGUGCAAAUCUAUUACAUGCAGUGGAAGUCCUUGUAUCGGGGCCAGUUGAUAAACAAUCAUUUCUUGAUUCUGGGAUCUUUUGCUGUCUUAUUCAUGUCCUAAAUGCUCUUCUUGCUCCUGAUGGUGACAGUCAUUUUAAAAAGUCAAGUCACAGUGAAGCCUUGUCAACAUUUGUAGAAAAAAAUGAUGAAACCAGACCUGCUCGCAAGCUUGAGGUUGAAGGCAGUGUUGUACAUAUUAUGAAAGCAUUGGCUAGCCAUCCUUCUGCUGCUCAAAGUCUGAUAGAAGAUAACUCACUUCAAUUACUGUUUAACAUGGUUGCCAAUGGUUCUUUGGUGGUGUUUUCUCAAUUCAAAGAAGGUCUAGUUCCUUUGCAUGCCAUUGGACAACGAUAGCCUAAUCGCGCUCAUAGCUUUUCUGUCCAGCAGCUCCCACUCCUCCUGUUCCAUCUUUUCAGGUUUGGUUUUUAAAGGCUUCCAGAGAUCUUUACCGUACAGGUAAUCCUCAAUCUGCAUCUUCCAAAAUCCGAAAUCAGAUCCGUCGAACUUCUCUACAGCAAUUUUCUCAUCGAUCCCCAU